UCGCCGCGGGUCCCCUUGCAGGCUGCCUGCCCGGGGCUGGCCCCCGGCGGGAAGCUGGCGGAAGUGGCUUCCGGCUUCCCGGGCCGUGCGGCCAGAGACCACAUCGGUGCGUGCACGCCCGGUGGCGGGCGGCUGAGCAGCGGACGUCGCUCUUCCCCAGUCGCUGCGCCCACGGGGGCUGCUCGAGCCGGCCACCAUGCCACUGGGCCUGAAGCCCACCUGUAGCGUCUGCAAGACCACGUCGUCGUCCAUGUGGAAGAAGGGCCCGCAGGGGGAGAUCCUCUGCCACCACUGCACCGGCCGGGGCGGCGCGGGAGGCGGGGGCGCGGGUCCGGCAGCGUCCGGCGGCCCCGGGGGCAGCGGAGGCGGCUUCGGGGCGGCCCCCUUCGCCAGCACCUCGGCCGCCCCUCCGCAGAGCAACGGGGGCGGGGGCGGCAAGCAGAGUAAGCAGGAAAUUCACAGGCGGUCUGCUCGGCUCAGAAAUACUAAAUACAAAUCUGCUCCUGCUGCGGAAAAGAAAGUUUCCACCAAAGGAAAAGGGAGAAGACACAUUUUUAAGUUAAAAAAUCCCAUCAAAGCUCCUGAGUCUGUUUCUACCAUAAUCACUGCAGAGUCGAUCUUCUAUAAGGGGGUUUACUACCAAAUUGGAGAUGUUGUUUCGGUGAUUGAUGAGCAAGAUGGAAAACCCUACUAUGCUCAGAUCAGGGGUUUUAUCCAGGACCAGUACUGCGAGAAGAGUGCGGCACUGACGUGGCUCAUCCCCACCCUGUCCAGCCCCCGGGACCAGUUCGACCCUGCGUCCUACAUUAUAGGACCAGAGGAGGAUCUUCCAAGGAAGAUGGAGUACUUGGAAUUCGUUUGCCAUGCACCUUCUGAAUAUUUCAAGUCUCGUUCAUCACCAUUCCCCACAGUUCCCACCAGACCACAAAAGGGUUAUAUAUGGACUCAUGUUGGACCUACUCCUGCCAUAACUAUUAAGGAAACAGUUGCCAACCAUCUAUAGCCUGAAAAAUAGAACUAAAUGUCUAUUUGUAUUGUAAUACUACACAAUGUACAAUGUGUUUCUUGAAUGAAGUUCUUAGGUGAAAAAAAUAAUGGUAAAGGAUUUUUCCUUUUUACCCAGUAAUCAUUUAUCUGUUCAUUAUUAGUCACUUAGCAAAUUAAGAGAGAUGUUUUUAAUUUUUUUUUCAAAAUUAAGAAAGAACUUGAUAUACUUUGAAGUUAAAUAUUCUAUAUGUCUGUCUUCUAGGCAAAAAGUAUAAUUUCCAGGAAUACCAACAGAAUCAGUGUUUGUUUUACAUCAUAAUUUUAUUUCUAGAAGCUCAUAAAAAAUGAAUUGUAUUUUUCUACAACAAAAUGUUAAUUAAGGUCUGAAUUUCUGACCAAAGGUUUAAUCCAAUAAUUUGUAGCUAUAACAAACUAUCACAGUUACAUAAGCUUUAUUUUCUCACCUGGAAAAUGCCAUGACCAAGUAUGGCUUUUUUAAUAAGUAUGAGGGGAGGGCUGGAGCUACAGUCCAGCAGGCAAGCUGAUUGCCUUGCGUGCACCCAUGAGUGCACCACUCAGUGCCUAGCGCCCCAUAUGGUCCUCCAGGUCCCCACCAAGAGUGAUCCCUGAGCACAGAGCCAGGAGUCAACCCUGAGCACUGUUGGAUGUGGCACCAAAAUCAAAAUGAGAAACCAAGUGUGAAUGGGAAAAUGGGUGGAUUAAAUGCACUUGCUUCCUCUUUUACCCUAACUUAACCAGCAUUUUCAAGUCCAGGAAAAGCUGUUGGAAUCUAGUUUAAUCACAGUGGUUUUGACCUGAUGUAGAGGCUUUCACUGUUACCCUUUCUUACACUAUUGAUGUAUGUGUUGGAAGGAAGCAAUUGUCUGUAUAGCUCUGUGUAUAUAGUUCUCUGUUCACAAAGAUAUGUAAAAUUGAUUGUAAAUACCACUGUAAAUAAUGAAGUGCCAAUGUUCCAUUUUUGGAUUAAAGUGUAUUUUUCACAGUA